UAAAGCUCAAAUAUCAAAACAUCAAAAUAUGAUAUUCUCAAUUUUAAUCUGAAAUCUCUACGUGACAUUGAUGAAGCUACCAACUUUUCUAGUAUGUCUUCUUCUGGUCCAACCACGUCCUUCUGUCCUUCAAGAGAACCACACGGAAUUUGACUAUUGCUCCAUCAAUUGCGACGGACACAAGCACACGAUGUGCGAGUACCCAGAGGGUGGACAACCUGCUUGUGCAAACUUCACUCGCAAAUUGAACCCGGGAAUGAUAGCUGUUUUGUUGGAAGUCCACAAUGAGUUGAGACAGCAGGUGGCCAUGGGAAAAAGCGAAAAUCGUCAACCUCAAGCUGCCAACAUGUUGUUGAUGUCUUGGAGUGAAGAAGCAGCAAGAAUCGCCCAACGCUGGGUAGACCAGUGCACAGAGGGAACCCGUCAAGACGUCUGCCGAAAUCUCAAAAGUGGAGAACGUGGAGCACAAAAUUUCAUGGUGACCUCAGAACAGAAAGAAUUCGACCUCUACCACUUCCAGAAGGAAGCUGUCUUGCGAUGGUUCAAAACUGGGAAAUACCUCGACCAGAAAAACCUUCAUAGCUACAAGUCGGAUCCCAAGUCCGACCACUACGCUCGGAUAGUUUGGGCUCUCUCGGAUAAAAUAGGGUGUGGCUUCAGUAAAGGGGUGUUGAACGGAAGUGAGGUGUACAGGUUGGCUUGUAACUACUAUCCGGCGCCCGUGGAGGGUGAUCCAGUCUAUUUGGUUGGCAGGCCUUGCUCUAAAUGCCCGUAUGCGAGGUGUAGCGAGUAUAUGCCGGCAUUGUGUGCUCCGAAGAUUGACAGUGUGCAUAACAGAGGGAAUUCUGGAGCGGAGAGUGUGAAGGGUGGAUUGUGGACUGUCUGGAUUUUUGGGGUGUUAGUGUUGAUUAAGAUCAUCAGAGUGAAUGCCUAAUAGUUGACGUAUGAUUAUGAAAAUGUUUAUAAUUGUCUGAAACACCAAUGAGGUCCUUUAUUGCAAGUUCAGAGAAUGAGAUUGGACGAUAACGAUAACAAAUGUCCAAUAAAUUUUGAAUUUCAUGCUAAUGUUUCGUACUUACUUUG